UCAAAACAAGAAAAUCACAUCUAAGAACCAAACACAUUAUGGGUUGUUCAUUUCCAUUGAAUAUCCCUCUAGUAACAACAAUAGUGCUCCUCUUGGGUGUGACACUCCUAACCAAGCCCAUGGUUGUGACAUCUUUUCCAUUAUUCACUCAAAAUCGGUGGAUAGUUGAUGAAAAAGGGUCAAGGGUGAAGCUAGCAUGUGUGAAUUGGGUGUCACAUUUGGAACCCAUAGUGGCUGAGGGCUUAGGUGAGAGACCUUUGGAUGUGAUAGCCAAUGAAAUCAAAUCCAUGGGCUUCAACUGUGUUAGACUCACAUGGCCUACUUUUUUGGUCACCAAUAACUCUCUUGCUUCUCUUACUGUGAGACAAUCUCUCAAAAAUUUUGGCUUGUUUCAAGCCAUCGUUGGUGUACAAGCCAACAACCCCUCUAUUAUUGAUCUUCCCCUCAUCAAAGCUUACCAGGCAGUGGUGAAAGGCUUAGGAGAGAAGGGUGUGAUGGUGGUUUUGGACAACCACGUGUCGAAGCCACAGUGGUGCUGCAGUGGCAACGACGGCAAUGGCUUCUUUGGGGACCAAUAUUUGGACCCUGAGGUAUGGACUACGGGCCUUACCAACAUGGCCACCCUUUUCAAAGGAGUCACUAAUGUCGUAGCCAUGAGCUUGAGAAACGAGCUACGAGGUCGUACACAAAAUGCCAAACUCUGGUUCAGGUACAUGCCAAGAGGAGCAGAAGUCGUGCAUGCAGCAAAUCCAGAUGUUCUUGUAAUUCUAUCUGGCCUAAGUUAUGAUAGUGACCUAUCAUUUCUUAGAAACCAGGGAGUGAAACUCAGCUUUGACAGAAAACUAGUAUUUGAGUUGCACUGGUAUGCCUUCUUCAGCGGCUCAGCAUGGAUAUUAAAGAACCUAAACCAAGUUUGCGGCCAAGUCACACAGAACAUGAUAGAAAGAGCAGGAUACCUUUUGGAGCAAGGAUAUCCACUGUUUGUGAGUGAGUUUGGGAGAGACUUGAGAGGCACAAAUGAUAAUGACAAUAGGUACUUCAACUGCUUCAUGGCAGUUGCAGCAGAUCUUGACUUUGAUUGGGCCUUGUGGACACUCAUUGGGAGUUAUUACUUAAGAGAAGGGAUUUUAGGAGAAAUCGAGGUUUAUGGUAUUCUUAAUGUUAACACAACCCAAGUUACUGACCCAAGUUUCUUGCAAAGGAUAGCUGCUCUUCAACUUCCCUAUCAAGGGCCAGGAUUACUGGAAGCUGAACACAAAGUGAUUUUUCACCCAUUGACAGGUCUUUGCAUAUUAAUAAAGUCACAACAAUUAGUGUUGGGAUCCUGUUCUAAUUCUGAGGCAUGGGAAUACACAAUCCAGAAGGUGCUAUCACUCAAGGGUGCAAAUAGCACUUGUUUAUUAGCAGAUGGAGAAGGGAAGCAAGCAAAAGUUGGAAAUGAAUGUUUAGGUCCCAAUUCAAUAUGGGAAAUGAUCUCUGAUUCCAAGUUACACCUCUCAAGUAAAAUCAACAAUGCUUCUGAUGUGUGUCUGGAUGUAGAUGCCAACAACAACAUUGUCACCAAUGCAUGCAAAUGCUUGAGCGAUGAUAAGAGGUGCGACCCUACUAGCCAAUGGUUCAAACUUGUUAACAACACAAGAAAAUCAACAUCAACAUUAUUAUAUUAAUACUAUGUUGUGUAUAAAGAUGGCAAUGGGGUCAAUAAGAGGUUUCUUCUG